GACAAAAGUUGAUUAAUAGGUUCAUUGUCACUUAAAUGGAAGCCCUCCCCUCUCGCCUUCUAGCCACCAAAGUUUCAAAGACCCUGCUGUGAUUGCUUUUCUGGAAGGCUUUUGUCGCCAAAGUGUGUGAAGUUUCUCGGAUUGGAGGAGUUGGAAAUUUUACACGAGCCAAGAAGGGUUGCUGUGCCGGCAGCUGGGACGCAUCUGUAACGGUGUUAGUUUGCCUGAAAGCAGAAAAUUAGCGACCCCAAAGCCCUGCUUGGCUGUUUAGUCUGUAGAAACGACAGGGCGGAGCAGAAAGAGAGGGAGAAGGAAGACGCACCCCUGGAAAGAAGUUCGCCGUCUAAAACUGGGUUUCUUAGAAUACAAAUCUUAAGAGAUGCAGUCAGUGUCUAUCUUCCGCCGGCUGAGGGCCCAUCAAAGGUCUGGCGCAAAAGAGGAGGCGCUCAGCAAACAUGCGCAUAAGCGGGAAAGAGAAGGGAGGUGUGUUCCUGGCCACCUGGCCCUCCUGAGCCCACGCCUUUUAGAUGAGCAUAGAGAACUCAGAGCGGGCUCUGUCUUGGGGAAAAGGAACUUCCCCCUCCCCGCUUACCCCCAAUAACACAGAGCCUACAAAAUGGCAAUAUGAUGAGAAACAAAACAGAUUAAAAAAAAAAUCUAGAUCCACUCCAUUAUUGAAAGUGCCACUUCAAGUUUUUAGCAACCGUUAUUUGGCCUACUGGCUGAAAAUAUGCCUGACACAACUAAAGUUCAUGAAAAAGAGAAACACCUGAAAAUAAAGUGAUUCCCUCAUGUCCCGGACUGGGAAGGCAGGUCCGCUUUUAGUGUCAGCUGAAGUAGGGAGUUCUAUUUACUAAUUAUCUUUUUUUUAAUGUGAGAGCAAUCGUACAAAAAGUUGGAUUUCCUUCGUUCCUUUUGUCUGCGACACCCUUUAAGUGUCCCUUGGUUUAGGUAAGCUAGAGUGUGCAAGUAAGCGGGUUGGGGAGGCAUCACCCCCGCCCCAGCAGAAAUGCAGUAAAACCAUUAGCGUCAAAAGGGGCAGUAAACAGCAAAUUGUCUCUAGAGGAAAGGCGGAGGUUUGCCCAGACAGCCCCGGCGGGGGUUGCGGUGGGAUAUGCUAAUAGUGCGGGGCCACUGGGGCCGGCCUCCCUUCCCCAGGAAUAUAUAAAGAGCCUCAACCCCAGCGCGGCCGACCCAGGCCGCCAGGCGUCUGCCCUUGUUAAUUACCGGAGAAACCGACCAGGGAGCUCCGCCUGGGACUCGCCUGCCCGCAGCGGCGCCAGGCUCCGGUUUCUCCCCUAUCUCGCUGCUGCCCAGGUGCACCUCCUGCCUCUCCGCAGAAGAUGGACAUGAUGGAUGGCUGCCAGUUCUCGCCUUCUGAGUACUUCUACGAUGGCUCCUGCAUCCCGUCCCCCGAGGGCGAGUUCGGGGACGAGUUUGAGCCGCGAGUGGCUGCUUUCGGGGCGCACAAAGCAGACCUGCAGGGCUCAGACGAGGACGAGCACGUGCGAGCACCUACGGGCCACCACCAGGCCGGCCACUGCCUCAUGUGGGCCUGCAAAGCAUGCAAGAGGAAGUCCACCACCAUGGAUCGGAGGAAGGCGGCCACCAUGCGUGAGCGGAGACGCCUGAAGAAGGUCAACCAGGCUUUCGAGACGCUCAAGCGGUGCACCACGACCAACCCCAACCAGAGGCUGCCCAAGGUGGAGAUCCUCAGGAAUGCCAUCCGCUACAUUGAGAGCCUGCAGGAGCUGCUGAGGGAACAGGUGGAAAACUACUACAACCUGCCGGGGCAGAGCUGCUCCGAGCCCACCAGCCCCACCUCCAGCUGCUCUGACGGCAUGCCCGAAUGUAACAGCCCUGUCUGGUCCAGAAAAAGCAGCAGUUUUGACAGCGUCUACUGUCCUGAUGUACCAAAUGUAUAUGCCACGGACAAAAGCUCCUUAUCCAGCUUGGACUGCUUAUCCAGCAUAGUGGAUCGGAUCACCAACUCAGAGCAACCUGGAUUGCCUCUCCAGGACCCAGCCUCUCUCUCCCCAGUUGCCAGCACCGAUUCUCAGCCUGCAACUCAAGGGGCCUCUAAUUCCAGGCUCAUCUAUCAUGUGCUAUGAACUAAAAAUCUAGUCUAGAUCAGUUCUGCCAGGAGGGCUUAUUAUACAGGAGGAAAGAGGCCCAAAAAGUCCCAAAGCAAGACAACCUGUAAAUAAACAUUUCCUUUCAGUUGUAAAUUUGUAAAUAUUAUCUUGCCACUUUAUAAGAAAGUGUAUUUAACUAAAAGUCACUAUUGCAAUUAAUACUUUCUUUUCUUCUUUUCCUUUGUCUUGCUUUAGAUAUAUAGUUCCAGAGAUACUAUUUCUUAUAGGGGGCAGUUCAUCAAAGGUAGCUUGUUGCAAUGCUUAACUUAUAUUUUUUAUAAAUAUUGCUUAUCAAAAUAUUACAUCUGAUGUUUAGAGCUUUAUUUUUUUCUUUAAAACUUUAGAAUAGCUGUAAAUCAGUUAUAGGGAGUUUAUAUAUAUUUAACUUUUUUGCUUGUCUCUUUAAUCCUUUGAUUAUAUUGUGUUAAAUAAAAAUAUAACAAUACUGCCUAAUGGUAUAUAUUUUGAUCUUUUCUUAUAAGAAAUGCAUCUUUUUAAUGUAAGCACAAAAUAGUAUUUUGUGGAUGAUUUCAAGAUAUAAGAGAUUUUGGAAAUUCCACCACAAAUAAAAUUGUUUAAAUGAAGAAACAUUUUGGUUUAUGAUUUUGUUGAAAGAACCCCUAAUGGAGUUGGCAGUCAUUGAUAUAAUAUUUUUAAGGUGGGGCUGAAAAGGCUGAAACAGUUGGUUUUGUAGAUAAAUCUGAAUAUUUAUCAUCUCAUGGACUCAGUUUAGGUCCUGUUGGUGUCACAGAUGAAAAUACCACAUUUCUAUUUUAAGCAUAUUUCAAGGGAGACUGCUAACUAAAAUUUUUCUUUUAUCUUAAUGUUGCACCAUAUAAUGUCAAGUUGUGUGUGUAUGUGGGGGAAAGACAGAAGUUAUUCAGGACAAUAAAAUAUUUUUAAACAAAAAGAAUGUACAACAUUACAUCAUUUUAAUAUCUACAGUACAUCAGAAAUCAUGAGUUAGGUCAUAUUUAUUUACUUGCCUGAAAACAUCUUGAUACAUUAGUAUAUUG